AGGCUCUUGGGACAGCACUCGGAGCUUGUAAGGAAGUCCUCCAUGUACAAGAGAAGCUGCUGCAACACCUGGAGGAAGCAAACGCGGAGGAGCCAUCUGAGGCCCAGGGGAUGGUCUCUCUUCUCAGCCACGCUGCUGAGAGCAACUUCCAGCCAGUCCUGGACACGCUCACCAUGUUUGCGUCCAGGCUGUGCAAAGGCCGGCGUGCAAAGAUGUCCGCGCGCAAGAAGAUGGAGCAGGACAGCACAAGAGCCCAAGCCACACGCAGCGCUCUUAUGCUCGCCCACGGCAGCUUGGCACUGCGUGCCUCCAAGGAACAACUGCUCGCCCGCCUGGAGGGAGACAUUGUGGGCAACAUCCUGCUGCUCUACAGCUGCAGCUGCCGGGACUUGCAGAACAAGCUCGCGCUGGUGCAGAGCAUCACCGACCUCAGCUCUGCCUUCCAAGCUGUGGGUGACUCCGGCCGCUUUAACCCGUCCUUGAAGGGCAAGCUGCUGGAGAUCCUGCUGGUGAGUGCCUAGAGCCAGGGCCGUCUGCAGGGG